AUGAUGAGGUUGUCAGAACCAGAUCAUGAUUCUUCCUUGUCUGUCGCGCCUGACAUGUCCGCACAUGCGGGACCAUCAUCUUUGGGCGGGGUGUUUGAUGGUUUCGCCGGCACUAAUGGUGCAAGCGGUCAUACAAACGGCUUUGGUCCUGUGUCUAAUGGGGCGUCGCCGUUGGGCAACGGUAUCUCCAAGCAUGGCAAAACCAUUCCUAGAGUCACCUUGCCUGGAACAACUCUCUAUGACGAUUCUUUCGUGGACCGCGAAGAGUUUGUGCGAUUGGUAAUUCAGAGUCUGCGCGACGUAGGCUAUAUUGAAUCGGCCGCAACUCUGGAAGCGGAAUCAGGAUACACGAUGGAGGCGCCAGAGGUGACACAGUUCAGACAGUAUAUCCUAGAGGGAAUGUGGCCAAAGGCGGAGGCUGCACUAAUGCGGCUGGGGGUGCAUGAAGAGGAUGGUCUAUGGGAUGCAAAGUUUCUAAUAAGCCGGCAGAAAUAUCUGGAACUAUUGGAGGGCAAAAAACCUACUGCAGCUCUCCAAGUAUUGCGCAAUGAGCUCGCACCUUCAAAUGUCGACCCGGAUAAGCUGCAUUCACUAUCAAGUUUGAUCAUGUGCUCGGAACCUGAAGACCUACGGAGGAGAGCUGCCUGGGACGGUGCAUCUGGGAUGUCGAGACAUCAAUUAUUAGAUACCCUUCACGAUUAUAUUCCCUCCGCAGUGAUGAUACCACAACGGCGGUUUGCAUCACUUCUCAACCAAGCGAGAUCAUACCAAUUACAACGUUGUAUCUACCACAACUCGACUCUGAAUUCCUCAAAUUUCUCUCUUUUUUCCGAUCAUCGUUGUAAUAAAUCAGAAUUUCCUAGCAUGACAACAACGAUAUUGGAAAUACACACUGAUGAAGUGUGGAAUAUUGAAUGGAGUCACGAUGGCGCCUAUCUUGCUAGUGCGAGCAAGGACAAGACUGCAAUUAUUUGGCGGAGAGGAAAGCCCUCGGUUGAUUCCAGUUCCUCCGCUCAAGAUUGGACGGCCCAUCUCAUUCUGCGUGAUCAUCCAUAUCCAUUAGGGUGCUUAACAUGGUCAUUGGACGAUUCAAUCCUUCUCACGAGUACGGAACAAUUCAUAAAGAUGUGGAACACAAAGACUGGUGUCUGUAUCCGCACUCUGGAGGAACAUACAGAAACCGUAACGGCGAUCUCAUGGCUGCCAGACGGGACAGGUUUUAUAUCUGGAGGCUUGGACCGGAAGAUCGUUAUAUGGGACGCUGACGGCAAAGUGCGAGACGCAUGGGGACCUACGGGAAUUCGGUUAACAGACCUUGCAGUGACCCCCGAUUUUACGCGUCUAGUUGCUGUUGGGAUGGAACACCCACAAAGCUUCCCUUCUGCUCCAGAGCCAAACCAGACCAGAGGGGGAGCGCAAUCCGGAGAUGCUCCGCCGGCUCCUGGUGGGAACGGAGUACAUGGUGUUGCAUUGAGGACUACACAUAGGAUGAUGGUAUUUGAUUUGGCAACGAAACAAACGGAAUUGUCUAUACGUCUGGACGGAGACUUGACCAGCGUACAAAUUUCGCAGGAUUCGCGAUAUGCUUUGAUCAACCACGCUCCCAACGAAAUACACCUAUGGGACUUGACUACAGGGCAAAUAGCUUGCAAGUAUGAAGGUCAAACACAAGGUCAUCAUGUCAUCCGAAGUUGCUUCGGAGGUGUUGAUGGCAACUUCGUAGUUAGCGGCAGCGAAGAUGGAAAGGUGUAUGUCUGGCAUCGGGAUAGUGGUACACUUCUAGAGACGCUAUCUGGUCACGGCGAAGGUAGUGUGAAUUCAGUGGCAUGGAAUCCGACAAAUGAGCGCAUGUUCGCAUCGUGCUCGGACGAUCGGACUAUACGAAUAUGGGAGGCGCCUGUUCAGGAAUCUCACUAUUCUGAACAGCCGAUAGCGGGACUCACACAUCCGCCCCCUCCAUCUUCGCUUGCCGAGACGGGUAAAGGAAAGACACGACAAUGA